AUGCAAACAUUAAAACAAUUAUCAAAUAAUGAUUUUCGUAGAAAACGAACUGUGUCGAUGUCAUCGACAACAACAGUAUCAUCUGAAGAAUCCACAUGGACAGUUGCUAAAAAAUCACGUAUCGAUAAUGUCGAAGACAAUUUCAAUGAUUUAUAUAAUAAAGAUAUUUUCCCGGAUAAGUCUAUUUUCUUUUUCCUUUAUGCUAAUGGUUAA